AAUCUAGAGGUAAUCAAGUGUAAGUCUAUUUUAAAGAUUCCAGUGUGGGUCACUGUGAACAAAUUGCACGAAUAGAUGUGUAAUAUUGACUCGGUCAGAUCCACGCGGGUGGUGUAUUCCCACUGCUGGAAUGUUUGUUUUUUUCUGAAUCGUCACAUCCGUCAGCUGGGACUUCAGGAAGUUCUCCCGGGCAAACUUUGGAGCUGUUGCGUGUGUUUGAUUCCCCGCGACUUCACUCGUUACUCGGAGGCGUCAAACAAUGGGCGAGUCGCGCGGACUACGGCUCGACUUCAGCUUCUGACCCGCGCCGGAUUUUCUUUCCUGCUUCAACCCCGAGUCGUUACGAUGUCUGUGCGCAGUUUGCCGCUGCUGUGUCUCUGCUUUUGGAGCUCGCAGUCACUUUAUCAAAUCCCUCUGAAGAUGUUCAGCGGAAAGUUGGACUCGGCGGCGCUGCUGGAGCUCAGCGUCCUGAAGAGGAACCAGAGCGCGUCCGGGACCGGCCUGUCUCUGGCAUCAGAUCCGGCGGGAAAUGUCCAGUUCCUAAACAUGCUGGAUAAUUUAGAAGGGGAUGCUGGUCGGGGAUAUUAUUUGCAGAUGAUUAUCGGGACGCCGGGACAGACGCUGAAUAUCCUUGUGGACACUGGAAGCAGUAACUUUGCAGUAGCUGCCGCACCACAUCCCUACAUCUCAACAUACUUCAACAGAGCACUCUCCAGUACAUAUAUACCAAGUGGCACGUCUGUGUCAGUCAGAUACACGCAAGGUGACUGGGAAGGAGAGCUGGGCUCUGAUUUCAUCAGGAUCCCUCAAGGCCCCAACGGCACCCUCAUGAUUAACAUCGCCGCCAUCCUAACCUCAGACAGCUUCUUUCUCCCUGGCAUCAACUGGCAGGGUAUCUUAGGACUGGCAUACCCCUCACUAGCUCGGCCUAAUCCAUCUGUGGAGCCCUUUUUCGACUCGCUAGUCAAGCAGAUAGGCAUUCCAGAUGUUUUCUCUCUCCAGAUGUGCGGAGCGAGAAUCUCCACCAGCACUGCCACCAAUCCCGCAGAUGGCAGUUUGAUCAUGGGAGGACUCGAACCAACUCUGUACCAUGGCUCAAUGUGGUACACUCCCGUCGUGCAAGAGUGGUACUACCAAGUGGAGGUCUUGAAACUUGAAGUUGGAGGCGAAAAUCUAAACCUGGACUGCAGGGAGUACAAUUCAGACAAAGCCAUUGUGGACAGUGGGACGACGUUAUUGCGUCUUCCUGAGAAAGUAUUUGUUGCUGUCGUGGAGGCUAUUGCUCAGAUGUCAAUGAUCCAGGACAUCUCCUCUGGUUUCUUCUCUGGGACCAAGUUGGCAUGCUGGGUGAAAGGAGAGUCACCGUGGGGAUUCUUCCCUAAAAUCUCAAUCUACCUUAGAGCAACCAAUACUAGCCAGUCAUUUCGCCUCACGAUUUUUCCACAGCUCUACAUCCAACUGAUGGCAGACAUGGACGGCACAAUGGACUGCUUCCGAUUCGGCAUUUCCUCCUCCACGAACGGGCUGGUGAUCGGAGCAACUGUCAUGGAAGGUUUCUAUGUGGUGUUCGAUCGCGCCCAGAAGCGGGUCGGUUUUGGCGUGAGCACUUGCGCCCAAAGUAACGGCUUUCCUGUGGCGGAGAUAAGUGGACCGUUCCUAGCUGACGGUGUGGCGUCAGGCUGUGCAGACGGCUUUCGACUCAAGGAACCUUUAAUGUGGGUCGUAGCCUACUCCCUGAUGGCACUGUGUGCCCUGGUACUGCUUAUCCUCCUGGUACUGAUGGUUGUGCCGUGCAGGCACCGUGGGAGGGACGGAGAACUCACAGACGAAUCCUCGCUAGUACGCAAUCGCAUCAAAUGACGCCGCGCCAAAAAACCCAGCUCGAAGUAAAAAAAGACUGAUCAGACCUCGGGCUGGGAAAACGACUGAAGGACACUUAACACUUAAUAACUGAAAUCAGGUUAUUUGUUAAUUGUUUAGUAAUGGAAGUCUUAAAAGAGGACAGACUUGCUUUGAAGUGAUAGCACUACUGAUAUGGGGUUAAGAUUUUGGAAAAUUUUUUUUUCUUUCACCAAAGAAGCUGUUGUGAUUUCUCACAAACUAAUGUAAAAUGUAAAUUAUUUGCCACUCAUAGGUUUCUGUUGAUUAUUGUUUAGGAAUGUAUAAAUAAUCUGAGUUAUGACUGAAACACUGGAGAGCAGCAUGGUAAUGCAGCGGUAGUUGUAGUGUUGCCACCUCGCAGCUCAGGGGUCCUUGGGGUCUCCUUAACAUCUGCAUGGAUUUUAACUUUUCUUCCUAUCUGUACGAGUUCCAUUCCACCCCCCAUCAGUCCCCCACCCUCACCCUCACC